CACAGUCAUUCCGCGACUUCAACAGACUGCGGUUGCGCUGCUCGUAUUUCUCUCCUCGUUGGAGACGGCAAGCUGUCACUCCAAAGUGCGGUUUGGUGAUAGAUCGGUAACAAUACGUAGUGGCACGUUUGCAAAUUCUACGUUUUGUUCAGGACGUUCUCCCAGUUUUUACGGAACGUUAUUGUGAACUCGUUUGCGUCUCGCACAGACGUCUCCUGGUGACACAGUGAUAUUCGACGUCCAGCAUUUCAUCCGGAUAUUUUUCACGGUGAACCUUCGAUUGUGCGUAAUGGAGAAACAGAGAAAUUUGUUGCAGCCACGUGACAUAUACAAUUGCAGGAUCGGCGCGCGAUCCUGAGUUACGAUCCGCGGAUUUCGAUUUACGCGUGAUUUGAUUUAGCGAUCGAGUUGAAACGCGCGCGUGAUUUUCGAACGUCGACGUUCGGGGAUUGAUCGUCCGCUCCUCGGUUAAUUGCUUUCCGAAAUUUCGCACACGUCGACGCGCGAUUUAAUGGGCAAAUCGCAUCGUUCGCGUUUGCGAGAUAUGAGAAUACUUUGCCGUGCGCGCGAAUUAUAAUCGGCGACGUCAUUCGCAAAUGCGAGUCACUUUGGAAGUGAAUUCCGGCGCCACUCCCGCUCGAUGACGGUGUUACAGCUCGGUGAGAGAGGUCUCGCGUCGUUUGCGCCGUGUUUCCUGGGACAAGGGAGUAGAAGGAGAAUUCCCGUUACGAUUUCGCCGGUCAUUUCCGCGACUCCCGUGCGCUAGAAGUGCAUUCGACAAUACAAAGGAGUCGUCGACGUCGCGCUCGAAGCGGCCGCGGCUCUCGAGAACGAGCUUUGUCGCUUCGGAUGAAAGUAAGACGAACAUCGUAAGAGGAUUUAGCUUUAUUGCUGCGGCGGAUCUUGAAGAAAGUGGAAGUUAACAGAAAGUGAGAGUCUUCUCGUCUCUUGAGAGAGAAAGAGAGAGGGGAGAUAAAGAAAGAGAACUGUAACCGGUUCACAGUGUCGGCCGCCUGGCCAAUUGCAUCGAUCGCGGGUCCAAGGAGAGGUAUUUGUUUGGACGAUCACGCGUAUAAGUAAUUGUGUUUCUUUGAGAAUUCAGGUUAAGGCGAACUUACCGCUCCCGCAGUCGCGAAGCAUGAUCGACUCUACUCGUUUACGUAAUAAUACGUGAUCGUUGAAAGCGGCGGAGUCAUCGCCGCGAAUCGACGUUUACGUAAUUCUCUACCUCUUUGGAUUCACAAUCAUCAUUUCAUCAGUCUUGUGUCUGAUGAGAUUGUCAAGGAAUUAACAACAAAUUAACGGAUUAUCUCUAGUCUUAACGCCUUACUGAAAAAAAAUCAACAUGGACACCAGUACGGUGCGUUUGGUGAUAUUUUUGGGGAUGUUUCUGGUUUUCGCUGGCGAUUAUAGCGCGUUCAUUGCUUCGAUUUUCGGUAACGCGACGGAGAGCAACAUAACUGAUGCUGUAAGAGAACCCGAAGCUCAGUUCAAAGGGCCCCAUGAAAAGAUACCCGUUGUCUCGAAAAUAGACGUCGAUAAGAAUAACGUUGCUUUACGCCGUGCGAAGAUGAUGGCGACAAUCAAAACUGCUUGCUUGCCGAAGCUAAUAUGCGAACUCACCAAAUCCGUUCACCAAGAGCAACUAAGUGAAAUGGAGCGAUCUCUUUUGAAUCUUAUAAGGGAUACAAGUCUGAGUACGAUGGCGGAAGUUCCGUCGAGGUACCACUUCGCGGCUCACAUGGGUCAACUGAUUUCCGGUAUAGAAGGUCAGGGCUGCCAUAACUUUUACCCGACGUGUCCGUUGCCGGGUAUCAGCGUUCUGAACAUGAUGAAGAAGGUUCGUCUACGCUGAUGAGUCGUAACCACUGUAACUGUCGGAGUUGACGAAUACUGAACCUGUGAUACUGCGGAUACUUUGUUUUUACUUGCGUUCGGAAGAUCAUUAACAUGAUAAGAAUUCAAUUCGCGCAGCGAUGAAUCGCGUUUUUGGCGAUGCAACAUGUAAAUGGUGUACAUAAGGUUUCGUGAUAAUAUAUCGCAAUUACUAUAAGGAAAAAAUGGCAAUGUUCUUCGGCGUUUGAAAUCUUAUUUAUACCGUAAAAUAAAAGUUUUUAGCUCGUAAAUUGAAAUCAUAAAUUGUUAACAUUAUAGAAAAGUAUCUGACCUAAUAUUGUUAACGUCUGAUUUCUUUAAUCCCAAAAAACUAUUUCGUCAGAUUUUACAAUCAGUUGGUAUGUAAAUAAUUUACUUUUUGUGA